UUCUUUAUAAAAUAUCCAUCCAUAACUCCAACGAACUGGCAACAUGGCUGAACAUGGCAGAAUGGCAACAUGGCAAGCCAUGUUUGAUUUUCCGGGCACAAAAACAUCAACCAAUUAAUAAGUUAUUAAUUGAGGUUAACAACUCAAUUGAAACGGCCCCAUAAACGAUGAAAACCCGAAAAUCACUUAAAAAAGGUUCCUACAACAAUGAAAAUGGCGGAAUGUAGAAUUAGUGAAUUAGUGGAAAAAUAGAAGAAAUCAGGUGUGCGCGGUCAUCAACCUGCAUUGAUCUGCAAAAACUUCCCUCCGGUAUCGCCCUUAAAUGGAAUAAACAUGAAAAACAUCAAGAAAAACGUGCAUGGAAUUCUAUUAAUCAUUUCACUUUUCACCAACCAACAAAUCUAAAAAUAUAUAUCUAUUUGUAUACACUAUAGUAGAGUGAAAUUGAAUUAAUAACAAAGCUCUGAAUAAAUCUAAACCUACGCACACUAUACUGUAAGCGAAAACAAAACGAGUUAAUCCAGCUUAUAGUUAUACCAUUUAAACAUCAUUCAAACACAUUGAAGAUGCACCGAAAGGAAGAAACCUUUGAUCAGAAGAAACUCGACCUGGAGGUAUGGCUGCAACGGAUGGAGUCCAGGCUAUCCGGCCAGGCCCCCGUUGGCCGUACGGCCGACGUGCUCGAGGCCCAAUUGAGAGAACAGAAGGCCCUGCACGCCGAAUUGCACCGCUUCAAAGGCCAAAUCGAGCCCUUCCAGCAGCUGACCCAGCAGCUGAUCGCUCAAGGCCGGUCCCACGAGGACACCGUUCGAUACAAAAAAGCCGCCGAGAUGAUAAAUCAGCACUAUCUGCGGCUGGACGCGUGCGUGAUCAAUCGAGGUAAACUCCUACACACGGCUUUGAGUUCCCUCCAACAUCUGGAUAGAUCCAUCGAUGAGUUCCUGGCAUGGCUGAGCGAGGCCGAGAGCGUCGUGGAAACGCUGGAAGGGGAUCCGGAGUGCGGCAGGGCCAAGCAGCAUCUCAAAGAGCUGCAAACGGACAUCGAUCGACAAGCGGGGGCCCAUCGGGCGUUGAGAAAUUCCAGUUCGGCUUUGUUGGGUUCGCUGGCCGCAGAAGAUGCUCUUAUGUUGCAGUUGAGAGGGGACGAGAUGGAGAGGAGAUGGCAGGCUUUACGUACGAGGACGUCGGAUUUGAGGAAUAGAUUGGAGCACAAUUCGGAUUAUUGGAAUACGUUGUUGUUGUCUUUGCGAGAACUGACCGAGUGGGUUAUUAGAAAAGAUACGGAGCUCGGAUUGGCUGCGAGACAGGAUGAUCACAGGGCGUUUAGGCAACAAUUGGAAGAUAAAAGACCGUUGGUGGAGAGCAGUUUGAGGAGCGCCAGGCAAUUCGUUUCGGGCGAUCCUUCGGGCGAUUUGGCCAGGAAUUUGCGAAGGGAAUUGGUCAAAUUGUCGGAUAAAUGGAACGCUCUGAUCGACAAAAGCGAUCAGUUGGCCGCGAGAUUCGAACAAAACACCAUCAAACUCAAACAAUUAACCGUUAACUUGGAGGAAGCUUCUUCGGCCGUGUCCCGUUUGGAAAGAGCAACGUUGAGUUGGAGCGGCCCGAGAAGUGCCGCCGAAGCAAGAGAAUUAUUGUCGAAUCUUCGAUCGUUAGAACAACAAUUACCGUCGUUACAAAGGACGUUAGAAGAGGCGAGAAUGCAAGCGAAUAAUGUGGGGGAUGCCUUGCCGAGUAAUUUGGCCGCGCAAUUGGAAGAUUGCGCCGCGAGAUGUCGAGCUUUGCAGGCCGCUAUAAGGGAAAGAAGAGAUCAAUUGACCAGUAGCACUCAAGGCGAAAUAUCGCCGGGCCCGCCGAGCGUCCAACCGCCAUGGGAGCGCGCCACGACGCCCAACAAAGUCCCCUACUACAUCAAUCACGGCACGGAGACGACCCAUUGGGACCAUCCGCACAUGCUCGACCUCGCCGGGCGCCUUCUCCAAUUGAACGAGGUCCGUUUCUCCGCCUAUCGCACCGCCCUCAAGUUGCGUUCGAUCCAGAAGAAGCUCCGCUUGGACGCCGUCUCGAUCGCGGCCGCUUCGGAGGCCUUCGAUUUGCACGGUUUGCGCGGCCAAAACGAUCGCAUCCUGGACGUGGCCGAUAUGGUGUUGGUGUUGAGGGCGAUUUUCGGCCGUUUGAACGACAACGAGGACGUGGUUGACGUGCCGUUGUGCGUCGAUUUGUCGUUGAAUUGGCUGUUGAACGUCUUCGAUAGCCAGAGGACGGGGCAAAUUAGGGUGCUCAGUUUUAAGGUGGGACUGACGCUGUUGUCGAAGGGCCAUCUGGAAGACAAGUACAGGUAUCUGUUCCGUUUGAUCGCCGAUCCCGGCCAGAAGGCCGAUCAAAGGAAAUUGGGUCUGUUGUUGCACGAUAUUUUGCAAAUACCGAGGCAAUUGGGCGAAGUCGCCGCCUUCGGGGGCUCCAACAUCGAGCCGAGCGUGCGAAGUUGCUUGGGCGAUAGAGAGGACUUGGAGGUGGCGCAUUUUCUGGCCUGGUUGAAGCGAGAACCGCAGUCUUUGGUGUGGUUGCCCGUUCUCCAUCGAUUGGCCGCCGCCGAAACGGCCAAGCACCAGGCGAAAUGCAACUCGUGCAAACAAUAUCCCAUCGUAGGGCUGCGCUACAGAUGCCUGAAAUGCUUCAAUUUCGACAUGUGCCAGACGUGUUUCUUCUCCGGUCGAUUGACCAAAGGCCACAAAUUGAACCAUCCGAUGCACGAGUAUUGUUCGGCCACCACGUCGGUGGAGGACGUGAGGGAUUUCACCAAAGCGCUGAAGAACAAAUUCAAAGGAAAACGGUACUUCAGCAAACAUCCCAGGAUGGGAUAUUUGCCCGUGAGGAGCGUCCUCGAGGGCGACGAGUUGGAGAGUCCGGUGGCGUCGCCGCAACACAACGACAUGCACUCUAGAUUGGAAAUAUACGCCAGCCGAUUGGCCGAAGUGGAACUGCGAGCAUCGUCGCCCGAAGACGAACACCGAUUGAUAGCCGGUUAUUGUCAAUCGCUCGAAGGACAAGGCCAGGGGGCGCCCGCCAGUCCGGGCCAAUUGAUGUUGAUCAUCGACGAGGAGCAAAGGGCCGAAUUGCAAUCGAUGAUCGGCGAAUUGGAGAUGGAAAAUCAGGCGUUGUUGCAGGAGUACGAGCAAUUGCAAAGGGGUGGAGGCGGUGGAAAUCAUCCGGUGCAACCGCAACCGCAGCAACCACAGCACGACGUUUUGGCCGAGGCCAGGCUCUUACGACAACACAAAGGCAGAUUAGAAGCUCGAAUGCAAAUUCUGGAAGAUCACAACAGACAAUUAGAGGCCCAAUUGCAACGUUUGAGGCAAUUAUUGGACGAGCCUCCUGCUACUUCUACGUUACAAACGCGCAGCGUGACGGCUUCUCAAUUGAAUCAGGACAUUCCGGGAAGGAUCAAUCAACCGCCGCCUCCUGCCGAUCAUCGUUGAUCUUUCUUCUUUUAAAAGGUCCUUAAAUGUUAACUAACUACACUUCAUCCGUCCAAUCAAUGGAGUAACCAAAACAAAGUUAGACGCUGGAUCAACGCGUGAUCUCCAGUGAUUGGCCAACGUAAGGAGGCUUUUUUAUUUUACCCAAUAGAUGCAAAUGUGCUUGAUGAUCCAGCGUCUAACCUUGUUUUAGUUUUUGGUUGGAUGGAUGAAGUAUAAAUAUAGACGAUUAUGCAUGUAAAUAUUUCUAUGCUUUUUGUACUAUGCAUUAUAAUAUUGUUCUAUUAGAACGAUGAAAACGAAAUACUUGGAAUGAUAUUCCCGAUAUACAGGGUGUUUC